AUGUAUUGCGAUUUCGCUCGCGAUGCCGCAUAUCAGCGAUACCCACAUAUUGCAGAUGGCAAACUCGAGGCUUCGGCCGAAGAAUUCAGACUUUGGGGAAGCACAGAGGACGACGGAGAGGACGUCCGUCAGAUAGCUUGGCUAGGAGCUCGUGAGAGCUUGCGUCUCGACGGCAAGCGCAACGUCGCUCCCAUCAGGAUGGGUUUCAAUCUUCAUGCCAGCGGGACCUCCGAUCCCAAGGAGGUCCGCAACUGGAAGAUCCACAUGAUCGCAAUCAUCGCCUCAAUGUCUGCUAUUGCCAUGGGCUAUGAUACAUCUGUCAUCGGAGGAACUUUGGCCCUGGACUCUUUCCGUCGUGACUUCAAUACCGAUCAGAUAUCUAGCAGGGCACGCGAUACUUUGCAAGGCAAUAUCGUCUCCACGUUCCAGGCUGGCUGCUUUUUUGGAUCUCUUCUGACAUUCCCCUUGGCGGAGAAAAUCGGUCGCAAGAAGGCCAUCAUGAUCGCAUCUAUCGUGUUCUUGAUUGGUGGUACUCUUAUGACUGCCGCGAAUGGACAUCUCGCAAUGCUCAUUGCUGGAAGAGCCAUCGCCGGUCUCGGAAUUGGUAGUGUGAGCCUCGUUGUUCCGGUUUACAUUUCCGAAACUUCGCCGCCAUCAAUCCGUGGCAGAUUGGUAGGCAUCUUCGAAAUCGCCAGUCAAGGUGGCGGUAUGUGUGGGUUUUGGAUCAAUUAUGCCGUGGACAGAACAAUCUCAGACUACGUGAAAACGCAGUGGAUCGUUCCUCUUGGACUGCAACUUCUUCCCGGAGUUAUGCUUUUCGUCGGUAUGCUGUUCUGUCCGGAAUCUCCACGGUGGCUCGCGAAGCAAGAUAACUGGGAGGCUGCGGAAAAGGUCCUUUCUGAUCUCCGUACCCUACCUGUCGAUCAUCCAUAUGUUCGCAAUGAAAUUGCAGACAUUCGACUACAAAUGGAAGAACGAAGUAUCCACCACUUGGGGAAGAAGGAGUCUUUCCAAAAGCUCUUCGCGAAGGGCACGCGCAACCGGAUCGGUAUCGGUCUACUCUUGAUGGCUUGCCAAAACUUAACAGGUGUCAAUAUCAUAACCUACUAUUCUCCGCGCAUUUUCGAAACUCUGGGCAUCAAAGGCACAUCUACGAAACUUUUCGCUACAGGCUUUUAUGGCAUCGCAAAGACUCUUGGCAUGAUUGUGUUUUCGUUCUUCCUCGUCGAAAAGGUUGGCCGACGCAAGGGUCUCAUCUAUGGUGCUUUCAUUGGUUCUCUACCCAUGUGGUAUAUCGGUGGCUACGUCUUCAAAGCUGACCCAGCAACUGCAGCUGCUGGCGGCGUCGUCACCCAGACUGGAUGGGGCUACCUAGCCAUGGUCUGCGUUUACCUCUAUGGCUUCAUCUACUGCGCUACGUGGCAGGGGAUCACCUGGGUAUAUUGCAGUGAGAUCUUCCCAUUGGAUAUCCGUAUGCUUUGUGUUGCGAUCACCACUGCCGAUCAAUGGCUGUGGUCUUUUGUCAUCUCAAGGACUACUCCAUACAUGAUUACAUCACUGGGAUAUGGCACCUACAUGUUUUUCGGGUCUUUGAUGGUGCUUAUGGGUUUCUGGGCAUUCUUUUUCGUCCCCGAGACCAAGGGUCUUUCUCUCGAAGAUAUGGAUCAGCUUUUCAUGACUUCGCUGCACCGUGCUACAUGGAAUCAGCUUCGAGGAAGAGGGCGCAAAAACAGAGAUUCUGGCGCAUCUCUGGAUUCAGCUGUCAACGAGAAGGAUCUUGGUCUUGUUCACAUCGAACUGGGGGAUAAGAAUCAACGAGGAAAGGUUUCUCAAAAGUAA